AUGCAGGCUAAUUCUAAAAAAGCAUCUAAUAACUCGUCACCUCUGAAGGGUUCAAAUAUGUCACAGUUCUGGAAAAAUUUCAUCAAUAAUCCAAAGAGUAUGUCCUCCGAUUCUGUUGCCACGAAUACCAAGCAAACUGGAUCCAGCAAUGGAUUAUCUCCCAUAAAAAGACCUCCAUUAUCUAGAAAACCAUUUUCUUUCCAAAAUGACAAGGAACAAACUCAAGUACCAGGAAAACUCAGUACGGCAGAUUAUAAGAACUAUAGAGAUAUGUUUUUAUCAAAUAGACACGAUUUCACUGGAAGAAUAUUUGGUGUAUCACUAUCUGAGUCAUUAUCGGUGGCAAGUGCCGAGGUUAUUGUACAAAGUGAAUUGGUCAGUUUUGGCCGCAUCCCUAUUAUCGUAGCCAAAUGUGGUGCAUAUUUGAAAGCUCACGCUUUAAAGACGUCUGGAAUAUUCCGUAUUGCAGGUAAUAACAAACGCGUCAAAGAGUUACAAUACAUUUUCUCCACCCCUCCAGAUUAUGGCACAAAAUUUAACGAUUGGGAAUCAUAUAGUGUUCAUGACGUUGCUUCCCUAUUGAGAAGAUUUCUGAAUAAUUUAAAAGAACCUUUAAUCUCCCUAGACUUAUAUGAAGAUUUUAGAAACCCUUUGAGAGAAAGACCAAGAAUUUUAAAACAUAUGUUGAGUCAUAGUGUAUCACAUCCAAAUGCUAAUAAAGAAAACAGUCUGUCCUCAAAUCCAGAAUUACAAUUACGACAAGAGGACAAAGGUAAUGAUGGUGAUAAUGAAAAGGAACUUAAUGACAACGAAAAUGAUGAAGAGUUAAAAAAAAGAAGAUUACGUCACAAGAAGAGAUUAUCCCGUGAUAUUAGGUCCUGUAUAAAAGAAUAUGAGACAUUAUUUCUAAAGUUAUCGAACGAUUCAAAACAAUUAACCAUAUAUCUUCUAGAUUUACUAAGUUUGUUCGCUAGACAAUCGCAAUUCAAUUUAAUGUCUGGAAGGAACUUAGCUGCCAUCUUUCAACCGUCAGUCUUGUCACACCCACAACACGACAUGGACCCCAAAGAAUACGAACUAUCUAGAUUUGUGGUGGAAUUCUUAAUUGAAUAUUCUUACAAAUUAUUACCACAUCUUUUAAAAUUAGCAAAAGACGAACAAAAACAGUUGAAAAAUACCGAAAGAGAACCCCUCAAAACACCGGUGACAACACCAACAGAUUCAGCACCAAAAGCAAUUGAUAUUCCAAAUAAAAAUAAACUCACCCCAUCAAAAUAUUCAACACCUAUGUCACCUUCUAACUCAUUGUUAAAGGGCGUAUCACAUGGAAAAUCACAGAUAAGUACAACGGGAUUAAAAGCUCCAAAUAGGUCCAGACCGCACUCCAAGUCAAUAGGUUCUGUUCCAACUCCACCUGAUGUAAUAACAAGCAACAAACGGAGAAUAAGCUUAUUUCCAUGGCUGCACAAACCUGAUAUAUUAAGUGACACUGGAGAUCUAACUGCAACUGAAAAUGAAGGUGAUGAUAUUUAUGACGAUGAAAACGUGAACGAAGUCAGUAGACAGUCUCCAAUAAGUAUACCGUCUAUGUCAGGCUCUUUACCCAAGUCUCAGAGUAACUAUCUCAAUGUACCAAAGAUAUAUAGGUCAACGAGCGGCGGCGGCACACCUCCUUCCGUAAAUAAUACCACAAAUCAAAGACCAAUGUCAAUGGUACUAAAUAAUCACUCAAUGGAUGAGAUCGACAAUGCAUUGUCAUCGGAUAAUAAUGAAGAAGGACGUACUGCAAGGAGUAAAAAAAGAGAAUCAUGGUUUCAAAGAUUAACAUCACGUUCCCGUUCUGGCUCUAUCAGUAGGUCGUGA